UUCCGCCCUUCUGUUCCCACUUCCGGUCGCGUUGCCCUCUCUGUGCCGCUCUAGGAGGCCAGGGAGGAAGCGGAGACGCCCAGGCUGGCGGCCACCAAGGGCUCUGGGGCGAGGAGCCUGCAAGGCAAGGAAGGCAGGCAGACAGACAGUUGACAGGACCUCAGAUGUCUUCGGAGGAUAAAGAAGCCCAGGAAGACGAGCUGCUCGCUUUGGCAAGUAUUUAUGAUGAAGAUGAAUUCAAGAGAGGACAGUCAGUGCAAGGAGGUGAAACUAGGAUUUCUGUGGAACUCCCUGAGAACUUUACCCUCUUUUUGCGUGGCAACCAGGCAGAGACGCUUCUGAACAAGUUUGAAUGCACAGUUUGCUUUUUACCUCCAAUAGUGCUGAAUUUUGAAUUUCCAGCAGACUACCCGUCGACCUCCCCACCUGCAUUCACCCUCAAUAGCAAGUGGCUCUCCCAGGCACAGCUCACUGCACUUUGCAAGCACUUAGACAGCAUAUGGGAGGAAAACAGAGGUUCUGUGGUCUUGUUUGCCUGGAUACAGUUUCUCAAAGAAGAAACACUCACCUAUCUGAACAUUUCUUCCCCAUAUGAGCCAAAUAUAUGUGGACAAGAAAAAGAGCAAAGCAGGACAAGCAAAGAGGAAGUUUGCUCUGAUGCAGUGGCUGGUGCCACAGCACAGGAAGAAAGCCUUGAUACAAGAGCAAUGCAAGAUGUUGAGUCUUUAUCCAACUUGAUUAGGGAAAUUUUAGAUUUUGACCAUGCCCAACAAGAAAAAUGCUUCAACAAUAAAACACAUGCAUGUAAUAUUUGUUUUUCUGAGAAGCUGGGAAGUGAAUGUAUGUACUUUUUGGACUGCAGGCAUGUGUACUGCAAGGCUUGCUUAAAGGAUUAUUUUGAAAUUCAAAUCAAAGAUGGGCAGGUCCAUUGCCUGAAUUGUCCGGAACCUGGAUGUCAUUGUGUUGCCACUCCAGGGCAGGUUAAAGAGCUGGUUGGAGAGCAACUUUUUGCACGUUACGAUCGCCUAUUGCUUCAGUCCAGCUUGGAUUUGAUGUCAGAUGUGGUUUAUUGCCCACGGCCAUGCUGCCAAACACCAGUGAUGCAGGAACCAUGUUGCACUAUGGGCAUCUGUUCCAGUUGCAAUUAUGCUUUCUGUACAAUAUGUAAGAUGACUUACCAUGGUGUCUCGCCAUGUAAAAUCUCUUCAGAGAAGUUACUGGAAUUGCGGGAUGAGUACCUUUCAGCAGAUGAGACCACUAAAAGGUUUUUAGAGCAACGCUAUGGGAAAAGAGUAAUUGAAAAGGCUCUGGAGGAAAUGGAAAGUAAAGAAUGGUUGGAAAGAAAUUCAAAACCGUGUCCUUCUUGUGGAACUCCAAUAGAGAAGUCUGAUGGCUGUAAUAAGAUGACAUGCACUGCGUGCCAUAAGCAUUUCUGUUGGUGUUGCAUGGGUUCUCUCUCCAAGACAGACCCUUACUUGCAUUUUAAUGAUCCAGCCUCCCCAUGCUUCAAUAGGUUAUUUCAAGGUUUGAUGCAUGAUAUUAAUUUAGAAGAAGAUGUAUAGUCUCCACCCAGUAACAAAUUAAACUGAAAAAAAGAAAAGAAAAUCCACUCAAGAAAUCCCAUUAAAAUUAUGUCACAGCCGCCCAUGCUCUGUUCAAGGUUGUUUUGAACACAGACAGAUGAGAGAGAAGCACUUCAAGAUUCCGGCAGAACAGUGUUUGUCCCUAAAUGACUUUGCCAUCAUGGUAUGAUAUAAGGUCCUUUUAUAAUUUUCAAAUUAAAUUUAAUUAACAUUAA